AGUUUGGUACAGCUGAAUGCGCACUGUUUAUUCCCAGGCAGAUCGAUGGAACCAGUGUUGUAUUAUAUCUAUCGCGUAUUCUGAUACAUGCAUGUCGUAACCCAUUAAAAUAAUGAACUUGUUUGUGUAUGAUAUAUUGAGAUGCAUAAAAGAAAGGAGUAAUAUCUUUGUUGAAAUAUCCGUUUUUACAGUCGCGGCGUAUCUGUACUAUCAGUGACCCCGAACUAUAUUUACACAGAACGAGGGUGUCCUUGAGCAAUAAGUGCAUAGGACUGUAUCGCGUUCUCCACGAUUCGGUCGUUCAGACAAUGAGUCAGUCCUCGGUACUUCCGGUCAAAGACUCUUAUGGUCAGUUGAGUGACGGUAGGAACGUCCACAGGUACUCCUUCACAAACAGUAAGAAUGUAACGGUCAGAGUGAUUGAUUACGGCUGUGUUAUUACUGAUAUCCUGGUACCAGACAAAGAUGGAAACGUAGACGACAUCAGCAUAGGGUUCGAUUGUAUCGAAGAUUAUGAACCGAAUCCACGAUGUUUUGGAUCGAUUUGUGGAAGGGUUGUUAACGUCAUUUCCGGUGCCAAGUUUGUGCUGGACGGGAAAGAAUACAAAAUGCCUGCUACGUUCUCCAGUGAUGAAAAGCAAGCACCAAAACAUGGUAUUCACGGGGGAGUCAGAGGGUUCCACUUAAAAUUGUUUAGUUCCUGGAUUGAAGACGACAAAGUGAAAAUGAAAUACGUGAGCGAUGAUGGGGAGGAAGGGUUUCCCGGGGAAUUGACAACCAUUGUGUCGUAUCAAUUGACCAAUCAGAACGAACUUGUGAUCGAAUACAGCGCCACCACCAACAAACCAACACUUGUAAAUUUUACAAACCACGCCUACUUCAAUUUACAAAAGCACGAUUAUCCACACAUUGAAGAUCACAUCCUACAGAUCUUCGCAGACAAAUACACGGUGAAUCGAGAGGACGACAUCUUUAUUCCAUCAGGAGAGUUACGUGACGUAGCAGGUACACCUUUUGACUUCCGGAAGCCCGUAAGGUUAGGAGAUAGACUGAAGGAGGGGCCUCACGGCAGGGGAUUCUUCCACAAUUUCUGUUUAGGUGAAUCUGGACCCCUCAAACACGCAGCUACGCUAGACCACCCUCCCACCGGAAGGAGAAUAGAAGUGCGCACCACGGAGCCUGGGAUGCACCUAUACACCGGAUGUAACACUAUUCCGCAUACCAAGGGGAAAGAGGGCGCUGUCUACGAACCUUUUUGUUCCAUCUGUCUGGAGACACAGCACUACCCGGACUCCCCUAACCAGGAGAAAUUUCCAAGUAUUGUUCUGAGGCCAGGAGAAAAUUUCUACAGCAAGACAAUCUACACAUUUAGUUUGAUGUCACAGUGAUUUCAUCUUUGUAAAUGUAUCGUAAACUCACUUGUGCAAUACAGGAGCUACACAUAUACUUAUUUCAUAUACUUGUCAACAUAUUUGAAAUAUUUCCAAAUAAAGCAUAUAUUCAUUUAG